GAGGGGCCGUGGCGCCGCGUGAGUCCCCACUGGGUCCGCAAAGCCAUCUUGGCAUUGUUCUGCCCGCACGCUCUGCCCGCGCCCCGCCAUGUCCGACACGGCCGUGGACACCAGCGCCGAGAUCUGCGCCAAGGAUCUAAAAGAGAAGAAGGAAGUUGUUGAGGAAACAGAAAAUGGCAGAGAUGCCCCGGCCAACGGCAACGCUGAGAACGAGGAAAAUGGAGAGCAGGAGGCUGAUAACGAAGUAGAUGAAGAGGAAGAGGAAGGUGGUGAGGAAGAAGACGAGGAGGAAGAGGGUGAUGGUGAGGAAGAGGAUGGUGAUGAAGACGAUGAAGCUGAGGGAGCCACAGGCAAACGGGCAGCUGAGGAUGACGAGGACGACGACGUCGAUCCCAAGAAGCAGAAAACCGAUGAAGACGACUAGGCAGCAAAAUUAUAAUUAUUUUUUUUAAAUAAGGAGGAAAAAAACAAAAACAAACCAACAAAAAAAGGCCAGCGCGUCCUCUGCACCCCUGGGACCCCCCAGCCCUCACCUCCCACCCUCCCUACACACACAGCCCCUUCCUCCCCCCCCUCCGCCGUGGUCAUCCUCACCAAGUAGAGUGAUCCCCAUCCCACCCCCCCGUUGCGGCGCUGCCACUCAACGAGCAUAGAAACGAUUCGCCCGUUCACGGGGGAGAGAGAAAAAACCCCCUUAAAAACCCCAACCCCACCCCAUUAUAUCCCCCACAGACCCCCAUCCCGCCCCCCUCCCCAAGCACCAAAACUUCAAGGCCCUGCUUUCUUUCUUAAAAGUACUUUAAAGGAGAAUUUGUUUGUAUUUUUUAUUUACAUUUUAUAUUUUUGUACAUAUUGUUAGGAGGUCCGCCAUUUUUAAGUGAUCUCGGCUUGACCAAAAGGGGGGCUUUGAAGUGUAUAUCUCUUGUUAACCUUUAUCUUUCUUGACUUUACUCCGUGGUGUGACCAGGCCCAAAAACAAAACCAUUAUCUCAAAAAAAAAAAAGAGAAUAAAAAAAAAGAAAAAAAAACCCUUGUAAAAAAAAGAAAAAAAAAGACAAAAAAUGCAAAAAAAAAUAAGAAAAAAAGAAAAAAAAAACCUUACAAUCUUAUUCUGAGCAUUCCAGUAACUUUUUUUUGUGUAUGUACUUUAGCUGUACCAUAGGUUGUGGUUUGUAUGAGGUGGCAAAGGCCAAAGAGACACAAAAAAAGGGGGGUUUUCUUUUGUUUAUUAUUAUUUUUUUUCCUGUCCACGAAGUUGUUUUGAUUAUUUUGGGGUUUUUUUUUUGUUUUUUUUUUUUUUUUUUUAUUUUUUUUUUCUCUCUUUUUUUUUCAUUUUGGCCUGUUUGCUGUAUGUGUGAAACGAUGUUGUCCAACAAUAAACGGGAUUUUAUUUUGCUGAGUUGUCCUAACCCGGCUGCCUCCCAAAACGCU